AUGGCGCUCCUGACAUCAAAGAGACCAAACAUUCAUGUUAUCUGUGCAUUGUCAGCCUAUCAGAUGAUAUACAUGACCAGACGUCGUGGAGCAUUUAAAUCCGAUACUGCCAAGGCUUGGUUGCUAGAAAUGCUGGAAAAUCUCCCUCUUGGAAUUACAGUUGACUCGGUUGUCGUGGUUUGUGACAAUGCCCCUUGUCAUAGUAAGUUUGAAGAAUGUGCGAUUGAGCAGCCUGACUUAACUAUCUGUCGUCUGGGGCCGUAUUCCUCAAUGUCGAAUCCUGUCGAGACCGUAUGGAGUAAAAUGAAAGCAGUGGUUUUUCCAGCGUGUGCUUAA